UGGGAAUAAAGCUUCCUCAAACUCACAUGCACAAGAAUUGUAACUGAAAUGACAGGCCCAUAAUGCCACAGGAACUGGAAAUACUUUUAAGGUGCACGUUAUUUGGAGGUGCUGGCAUCUUGAGAAAGCAGUAAGUUGACACGUUGGGGGAAAUGAACAGCCUAAACGACUCAAGGCAAGCAAAAAGGCAGUUGUCAUUCUGGGGUUUUACCCUCUGGUCAGGUAGCCAGCCAGUUUCUGAGAUUUACGUAUCUCAUCAUUUCUUGCUUUUUCCCCUCAUUCUCUGAACAUGACCCAGGCACUGCAUUGGACCCAGAGUCUGGUUAGUGUCUACUGAUACUAAACAGGCACCACCUACAAUGGAGAGAUUACCCCAAAUUAGCAACUACUAACAGUUUGGAUGUGAGGUGGUCUGGAGGUUGUUCGUUAUUGUUCUUUAAUGGUUUCUAUGUGAUAAGUUAUCAAAGUAUGGAGAUUCUGCAAUUGUAGAAUACAAAAAUGUCCUCUGUAUGAAAUAGAAAGCUACCUCUACUCAUCUUCUGUCAUACUGAGCCACUCUGUGAGGAACUAAGAAAGCCAAGGUUGUCUAGCUUCUGGUCUACAAUGAGAAUAAGCAAAGAAACAAAACAAGUGGCUGGUAAAUGGCUCUUAACUAAAUAUUAAGAAUAUUGAUUAAAACACAUUGCAAUUCAGAGGAAGUAGAGAAGUAUGAUUUUGAAAAAGACUCGAAUCAGUUAUUUUACUUUCAUUCCUAAAGAGUGUUGAAUCAUGGAUUGUUAGAUGCCCUUGCAUAUUUGGUCUUGGCAAAAAGAACAAGCAUCACUCCUUAUUCACCUUAGUAGUUUCCUUAGUCUAUCAAUAUUGCCAGCCUGUGUGGAUAGAAAAUGAGCACUUGAAUAAAAGUAACUCCACUCAUACCUCGAGAAUAUUGGAAUGAACAGUAGAGACAUUUGGAUCAAUAUGGUAUUUUCCUAAUUUUGUAAGUUAUAAACAAAAGAUUAGCUAUAUAAUCACAUCACUCAAGCAGGAGUUUCUGGAGGUGCUUACCUUUAAUUUUCUGAAGAUAACUAAUUUGUAAUGGAGGUUAAAGUUGAUUGUCAUGUUUGCUCAAAAUUUUUGUUAUUGCCUAACAUUUCUGUAUGUGUAGAGUAGGUAGCCAGAAAUUCACACAUCUGAUCACUUGGCAACUCUUUAUUAACUGUCAUCAGACAAACAUAAGUGAUGUCCAUUCUGUCUUUGCAGCUUUUCUAUGCUCUAAAAGUUUUCUUAUUUCCUUCAUAGCUUACCUGGCUUUCACACUUGAAUGCUAGCUACCGUGUAUCACCAUAUGUUCUGAUUAUAGACAUAUACACGCCCAAACACACACACACCCAAACACAAAGCCUGUUUUCGUGGGGAAUCUGAAUAUUUUAUUUUUAUUUUCUUGUCUAACAUAAUGAAUUGGAGGCCAGCACAGAUUACAUGUGACCCUGUCUCAUAUGUAAUCUCAACAACAACAAAUUUUCUUUUUUAAAGGCAAAUGAAAAACACAUCCUCCCUUUUCAGAUGAUUAAAGAACAGUACCAGCACUUACCUAUCACUGAUGAUCAAAAAAUAGUACCAGUACUUACCUAUCACUGACAAUCAGAGAAAAGUACCAGUGCUUACUUAUCUGAUGAUGAAAGAACAGUACCAGCACUCACCUAUCACUGAGUCCAGGCUGCAGCAGGAGCAUGCAUUUCACACCAGGUUCUUGAUGUGGAAGUCAUUAGUACUCUUGCCAGUGACUCAGCUGAGGCAGUACAGUUGUAAAGAGGAUUAAGGGGAGAUUUGAAGUCCAUGCGGUAGGAAUCUACAGCUCAUUCCUUUAAGUCACUGUUUUAUGCCUCAGCCAUAUUGACCUGAUUUACUCGAUUUUCUGAAAACUAGUUGGGAAAAAUUAAAUCUGGAUGGUUAUUGUAUGCUGUAAUAAGAGAUUAAACUUUAACCCUGUAGUCAAAAAUGUCACUCAAGUCUUCCAAACAAACAGAAACAUGACUCCCCACUUCUUUAUGUAACUUAGGAAUAUAAAGGCUUUCAGUAACUCUGGAGGUCACUAAAACAGUCGCCCGUAAACUCAGCAUUAGGACUUUCUGAGAAUUGUAUUAAAUGUUCCGAGACACUACCCUGGAGUUUUGGCUUCAGUGGUUGUAAACUGAGAAUUUAUAUUUCUCCUAAGUUCCCUGGUGACUAGUGCUACGACAAAACAAGAACGUCAUUUAGAGGUCCUAAGUGUCUUCUCUGUGUCUUGGGAAGAUCAUCUGAAAUAACAGGAUGUGGACAGUCUUGAAGAGUGAGGGGAAAUGGAGAAUACGUUGUAUCCAGAUUUCUGAGUUGAAUAGCUUAGUAUAUUUUUAAUCUUGUUUUGUUUUCAAGUAUGUACAGAUGUGUGUCACCUUGUUGUAUAUGUGCACUGAGUUGCAGGUGCCCUCAAAGGCCUAAAGGUCUUGUCAGAUCCCCUGGAAUUAGAGUUGCAGAUGGUUGUGAGUCACCUGAUGUGGGUCCUCUGCAAAAGCUUUUAGCUACUGAGUGAUCUUUCUCCAGCCCCGGCUUUCUCUUUCUUUUUUCCUGAUCCCCCCCCAACCCCACAAUAAAAUACAGGUAUAACCACAGUGUGGAAGGAAUGAAAAUUUGUUGGUGUUCAUGAUUUAGAUCGGUUUGGUUUUUGUUGUUUUUGAUUAGUUGUGAGACAGUUUCAUGUCAUCUGAGUAUUUGCUCUUUUGCUGAACGAUGGAUGACCUGCAAUAAUGCUAUAAUGCUCUCUUCUCGAUUGUCUUGUAGUUCCUAGUCCUGAGACAAUGGUUCAGUCAAUGGUCCUAUAAAGAAACAGCCUUUGUUUCUUUAUAGUGGAGAAAAAUGGUCACAAGCGUGCAGAGGAAGAUGACCUUUAAGAGUGGUGUGCUGAUGUCAACAGACUAUGAGCUUUCAGAACCUCUGGAGAGAGUACAAAGUUCUGAUGGUUAUGGUACCAUUAAUCGGGUUCAUACAUUUGGGGUGGCACAGAAUCAAAAGUAGCCCUGUCUUCCAAAUUCCUAAGAACGAUACCACUGAGCUGGAUAGUCUGGGACUCGCAAGUCCACCAAAGAGUCAGACCUAGGAGAAGUCGCAGGCUUGCAGUUUCAGAAAGAAGCAACUUUGAAUCUGAACUUGAUAAUAAAAGAAGAAAUGAAAAACCCCAGUUGGAUUAGAAAGAACUGGCUUCUUGUGGCUGGGGNGACUUUCAUAGGCGUCCAUCUUGGAACAUACUUUAUACAGAGAGUUGUAAAAGAGUCUGUGAGGUCUGAGUCCAGAGACAGACAAAAGAAUAUUGAAGAAUGAAGCAAAAUAAAUACUUUGGAUUAUUAAUGUCAUUAAAUUAAUCUAUGCUGGUUAUUGUCUGAGACCACUUGAUUUUGUUGUUGCUGGUUAAUGCUGCACCUGCAGACUUUCAUACCUGGAGAACAGUCUUUAAUGUGCAAACACAUGACAGUGCAAUAAAAUGAAAACCAUGUGAACAAACUAAAGCUGCCUUCACAAGUUACACCUGAAGCAACAUGUCUCGGUUAGAAGCUAAGAAGCCAUCGAUGUGUAAAACUGAACCAUUGACAAGUGAGAAAGUCAGGUCCACACUUUCUGUCUUGAAAGGAAUCAUAGCCUCAUGCUAUGGCCCUUCAGGGAGGCUGAAGCAGCUACACAAUGGAUUGGGAGGUUGUGUGUGCACAACCUCCCAGUCCUCAGCCCUGCUUCGAAACCUUUCAGUCACCCAUCCUGUACUAAAAGUCCUAACGUCAUCCGUGCAGAAUCAUGUGUCCUGCUUCAGUGACUGCGGCUUAUUCACAGCCAUUCUGUGCUGCAACUUAAUUGAAAAUAUUCAAAGACUAGAUUUGACACCCGCAACUGCUAUUAAAUUAAAUAAAUACCUCUUGAGUCUCUGUACCAGUUAUCUCAAGUCUGAAGCCUGUAGUUGUCGAAUCCCAGUUGACUUCAGAAGUACACAUACCUUCCUCAGCUUGGUGCACAGUAUCUUAACAAGCAAACCAGCCUGUAUGCUCACCAGAAAGGAAACAGAUCACAUAGGUGCUUUGAUUUUGAAAGCUUUUUUACUUACAGUUCCAGAAAGUGCAGGAGAACAAAUGGUUUUAGGGAAGAGUAUAAUCGUUCCCUUAAAGGGCCAAAGAGUUACAGAUUCUACUGUAUUACCUGGACUACUCAUUGAAGCAUCAGAAGUUCAAGUAAGGAGGUUAUUACCCACCCAAAAGUCAAGUGCCCUUAGGGUGGCCCUCUUCUGUACAUCUUUAUCUGGAGAUUUUUCUAAUGCUGGAGAAGGAACGGUGGUGGUCCAUUACCAAGUGUCCCUUGAGAGUGCAGUUUUAGGGCAGUUGCUUAGUCUAGGAAGGCAACUAGUCACUGAUCAUGUAGACCUUGUCCUGUGCCAAAAAGUAAUACACCCGUCUUUGAAACAGUUCCUCAGUGAGCAUCACAUUACUGCCAUCGACAGAGUUGGAGUGUCUCUGAUGGAAUCUCUGAGCAAAGUGACAGGAGCAACGCCUAUUGGUUCUCUAAACCCAAUAGUUUCUACUACUUAUGGAAGUGUGAAAGAUGUGUGCUCUGCAAGAUUUGGCUCCAAACAUUUUUUUCAUCUUCUUCCUAAUGAGGCCACUGUCUGCAGCUUGCUUCUCUGCAGCAGAAAUGACACUGCCUGGGAGGAGCUGAAGCUCACGUGUCAAACAGCAAUGCAUGUCUUGCAGUUAACAAUCAAGGAACCAUGGGUUUUAUUGGGAGGUGGCUGUACGGAAACACACUUGGCUGCAUAUGUAAGACACAAGGUUCAUCACGAGUUAGAAGCUAUUGUCAGCGAUGAUGGGUGUUCUCAGGCAAAGCUCCACAUUGCUGCCGAAGCAUUUUGCAGUGCUCUAGAGUCCGUUGCUGGCUCUUUGGAACAUGAUGGUGGUGAAAUCCUCAUUGACAUGAAGUAUGGACACCUUUGGUCCUGUCAAGCAGAUUCUGCCUCUGUUGGUAACUGGUCAGAUACGCUGUCACGGUGUGGCUGUGGUUUGUACAACAGCCAGGAAGAGCUCAGCUGGUCUGUCUUAAGAAGCACUUAUCAUCCUUUUGCACCACAAACCUGCCUUCCACAGGCAGCUGUGGGCUCAGCCAGCAACCUGACUGUGGACUGCUUCACUGCCAAGCUGCAUGGCCUACAGGCGGCUGUAGAGACAGCCAAUUUGAUUUUAGAUCUUUCAUAUGUCAUUGAAGAUAAAAACUAACAUAAGAGAAUGGCAUAUAUAUAUGUUAUGAAGCAAACUAGUUGAGGUGUCUAAGAGAGCAUAUUGUUCUCUCCCAAAGGCCUGUUCUCCAUAGGUGAACAGAUGAUCUGUAAAAGUAUACUUGUAUACUUAAGGAAAAUUAUGGUUGUUAAAUAGAAAUAUAUAGACUAAUAAAAAUUCUCGAUGCCUUUAUUAGCAUCACCAUCACCCCACUUUUGGUGUCCUCACACACAUUUAAGUUUGGAGGUUUACAAACACUAAAGAUAGUAUGUCACCUAGAAAAAUGGAAAUUUCCCCAUGCUGCUUCGCCAAGUUGUUCCAACAAGGGGUGACCUAUACCUUUCCAUUGGCCAGAUAGGAGUCUUCACUUUUCUUAGUUCUGUACAUUAGCUUUUUGUAAAGCUUGAUCCUUCCUUGAUGUUACAUUGUUGCUCUCAUUUUAAAUGUUGUAUAAAUUUGUUGGUAUAUUUUAAUAAAAUGAUCUGUGUUC